AUGGCCACUCUACCGCCACGCCGCCGCGAAGACUUCACUGUCGCAGUGAUUUGCGCCCUUCCGCUGGAGUUCAAUGCCGCAGAGUUGGCCCUCGAUGUGUUGUGGGACGGUCUUGAGCAUGAUCUCGGCAAGGCUGCAGGUGACGCAAACACCUACACGCUGGGUCGAAUCGGCAAGCACAAUGCCGUCCUCGUUCUCCUUUCCGGCAUGGGAAAAGUGAAUGCAGCUAGCGCGACUGCCAGCCUUCGGUCGAGUUUCGGGGGUCUCAGGUUAGCUCUCCUAUGUGGCAUAUGCGGUGGCGUGCCCAAUGCCAACGGCGAUGGGGAGAUGCUGCUUGGAGACGUAAUCAUCAGCAAAAGUGUCGUUCAGUAUGAUCUUGGGCGCCUGUUUCCAGGCCAGUUUGAGCCAAAAGACACCAUAUACGACACUUUGGGUAGGCCGGUCAAGGAGAUUCGGUCCCUACUCAUUGCAUUCGAAACCCAUAGGCAAAAGCAGCGUCUGCAAAAGGAAAUUUCAAAAGGUCUAGCAGAAAUCCAAACCAAGGCAGUCGAGGAAAGCUACGAUGUCGACUAUCGUAGACCACCACACGAAGACGUGCUCUUCGAGCCCGACUACACCCACAGGCAUCGGAAAGACGUACAGUGUAGCUGCAGCGAAACACAGACCUGUGAGCAGGCGACAAAAGCGACAUGCGAGGAGCUCGGCUGUGACUCUGAAUACCGAGUGUCUCGAAGAUGCCUCGAGAAUCAACAAGCUGGGCAAGAGAAAACCUCUCCGGAGCACCAGCCUCGUGUUUUUCUUGGCUCGAUUGGAUCAGGAGAUACCGUCAUGAAGUCUGGCAAGGACCGUGACCAGAUUGCGAGAGAACAUAGCCUCGUCGCCUUCGAAAUGGAGGGAGCUGGAGUUUGGGACGAAAUCCCCUGCAUCAUCGUCAAGGGCGUAUGCGACUAUUCCGACAGUCACAAAAACAAGACUUGGCAACACUAUGCUGCGGCAAUAGCUGCGGCGGCAACGAAGGCACUUCUCGAUCGUUAUGCGCCGGCAGCCGGCUUGAUUGAGCAGGUGAAGCAAGUCGAGACGAUUGGCUUCUCGCCAAAGUUUCUGGUGCCAUAUGUCAAAAAUUCCGAGUUUGUUGGCCGAGAAGAGAUCUUCAACCGUAUCGCGCAUCUGUUCGGGGACACGCAGACUGGCCUGGUCAGUGCGAGACUAUGCUCAAGAGUGGCACUCCACGGGCUCGGCGGUGUUGGCAAGACGCAAAUCGCCUUGGCCUAUGCCCAUUGGCUACAUGAGACUUCUCCUGAAGUUUCCGUGUUCUGGGUCCACGCCAGCAACCGCCAACGCUUUCGCCAGGCUUUCACAUCGAUCGCUCAAGUAUGUGGCAUCCCGGGCUACGACGGAAAGAAGGUCGAUACACUUCUUCUUGUGAAGCAGUGGCUUGAGAGCGAUAAAAGCGGUCCUUGGCUACUGAUUAUCGAUAACGCCGAUGACAAGGACCUGUUCUUUACGGACUCUGAAGAAGACGGAACCGGCGCAGAUGUGCCGGAACCUGCAUCUGAAGGGGGAUUAGGCCGCUUCAUCCCAGAGUGCCUCCACGGAUCUGUUCUCAUAACGACAAGGGAUAUGCAGACAGGCCUCAGGAUGACAGCUGGGACUCCCCCAAUCAAGGUCAAUGAGAUGAUCGACGCUGAGGCUGUUCAGCUGCUACGUUCCUUGCUCCCGAACCAGGAUUUUCCUCUUUCAGAGGGAAUCGCGCUAGCAUCUCGACUUGAAUACUUGCCUUUGGCGCUGGCGCAAGCAGCUUCCUUCAUCCUCGAAAACUUUAUGUCCAUCAACGACUAUAUCCAAAUACUGGACAAGAGCGAUUCUAGUUUGGUGCGUCAGCUGAGCGAGCCCUUCGCAUCAGUAGGGCGCGACUCGGAGACGCCUCAUGCGCUGACGGCCACCUGGUUGAUUUCUUUCCGUCAAAUCGAAAAGCGGUAUCCAUUGGCGGGGGACUUACUAUCUUUCAUGAGCAUGUUUGAUCGCCAAGCUAUCCCAAAAGACCUUGUCGAAGACUACUGCUAUGAGCAGUUGCGCAACAAGUCAGACUCUGCCAUCGAGGUGGAGGGCGCUUUUGAGGAAGAUUCCGGUACAGGCUCCGACUAUAGUUCUGAUUCAGAAACCGCCAGUGCCGGCCCCGAUGCCAGUUCCAAUGACGGCUCUGAUUCUGGCUCAGAGGCUGACUUUGAGACGACUCUGGAAGCCACAAAGGCUUUGGGGGUUCUUCAAGCCUUUUCGUUUAUCUCCAAAUCAAGCAAUGACAAUUAUGACAUGCAUCGACUGGUACAUUUAGUCACGCGCAAGCGCCUUUUGCAAGAGAAGAAGAUGCCGCAAUUUACGAGCGAGGCUCUUGAAAUGAUGUCUCGCACUUUUCCACUCGGCUGUUUUGAUAAUCGAGCGGAGUGUCUUAUAUAUCUACCGCAUGCCCUCGCAGUCCUGGCACGUCCAAACCCCCAUUUUAAUGAUCAGAAGGUCCACGCUGCAAAGCUAUUGUACAAUGUGUCCGAGUACUUCGGGUAUCUACGGCAACAUCGAGAGGAAGAAAAGCACCUGAACCGAGCUUUGGAACUUCAAAGAGCGGUAUAUGGGCAGGAGCAUCCUGUCACUCUUAGUUCGAAGACCUGUCUGGCGUCAGCCAUCAUGUAUCAAGCUCGUCGAGAGGAAGCAAUCAAGUUGCUUCUGCCCACGUUGGAGGCCCAAAAGAGGUUCCUGGGGGAAAAUCAUGGAACAGCACUGUACACACGCCGUGUACUUGCAGAUGUGUAUUUGGAACAGGGCCGUCAUGAAGAGGCAGAGGAGCUGCUUCUGAAGAUUCUUGAGAUCUGUGAAGGAGACAGCAGCAAUGAGUGGGAGGCUUCAAGCGCCUUGGGCGUGCUAUCGGCUGUGUACUUAAAUCAGGGACGGUAUGGGGAGGCAGAACAAUUGCAACUGCGGUUAUUGGAGGGAGAUAGGCAAACAAACGGGGAGGACUCUGAGGCUACACUUUGGACCAUGGGGAGGCUAGGACGUGCAUAUCGAAUGCAGGGCCGUCUACCGGAGGCAGUAGAUAUGAUUUUACAGACGCUGGCCCGAUGCAGAGUGUUAAUGGGUGAGGCACACUUCGCCACGGUAAAUCUCAUGUGGGAGCUAGGACUUGUCUAUGAAGAUCAAGGUCGUUUGGAGGUGGCUGAAGAACUCAUAUCCGAAGUGUUGGACAUCAGGAGAUCAUCGAUGGGCGAGGAGCAUGAAGAUACGACAUUCGCCAUCGCGGUAUUAGGACGAGUCUACAGCAAGCAAGGUCGUCUGGAAGAGGCAGAAGGUUUAUUGCUCCAGGCGUUUGAGACGUGGAAAACAACGAAAGGCGAGGAGCAUAAAGACACAGCAGGUGUCAUGGGAGAUUUAGGGCUCUCUUAUCUUUGUCAAAACAGACUGGGGGAAGCGGAAGAGCUACAACAGCGAGCGUUGAAAGUGAUGAGAAAGGUUUCAGGGGAUGAACGCGCCAACACUUUAGCGCAAGAGCACAACCUGGCCUGGGUGUGGUGGAAGCAAGGGCGGGAAGAGGAAGCGAUUAAGCUGAUGCUUAAGUGCGCCAAGGCUCGAGAAUGCGUUUUCGGUCGAGACAACAAAGACACAAUCAUCUCCCUCAGGUCAUUGUCACUGUGGAAGAAGAAAGAGAUGAAGACGAAGGACAACAGCGAGGAUGUCUCGGAGAGCGCGAGCGAAGAUCCUAGCGGUAAUGGAGGAGACGCAUGUGUAGGCUCCGACGACGAGUCGGACGAUGGCGAAGGUGCACGCCUAUAG